UCCAAACAGGAAGGAAAACCAGCAGCUCCCCUAAACCCUAGAGUUAUUGCGGUCCUAUAAGUAAGUCCCUAUCUCCAAUUUCUUUCCCUUUUCUGCGAACAGCAGCCGCCGGCUGCACACCAAACAGAUAGAGAAAGAGAAAGGAAGAAAUGGUUUCGCUUAAGCUCCAGAAACGGCUCUCAGCGAGCGUUCUAAAGUGCGGAAAAGGAAAGGUUUGGCUGGAUCCAAAUGAAGUCAACGAGAUCUCCAUGGCCAAUUCCCGCCAGAACAUAAGGAAGUUGGUUAAAGAUGGUUUUAUCAUCAGGAAGCCAACCAAGAUUCACUCUCGAUCUCGUGCACGUCGCAUGAAGGAAGCCAAGAGAAAGGGACGCCAUUCUGGAUAUGGUAAGCGCAAGGGUACCAGGGAGGCAAGGUUGCCCACAAAGGUCUUGUGGAUGAGAAGAAUGCGUGUUCUCAGACGCUUGCUUCGCAAGUAUAGGGAAUCAAAAAAGAUUGACAAGCACAUGUACCAUGACAUGUACAUGAAAGUCAAGGGUAAUGUUUUUAAGAACAAGAGAGUCCUCAUGGAGAGCAUCCACAAAUCUAAAGCAGAGAAGGCCAGAGAGAAGACAUUGUCUGACCAGUUCGAAGCUAAGAGGGCUAAGAAUAAGGCAAGCAGGGAGAGAAAAUUUGCUAGGAGGGAGGAGCGUUUGGCCCAGGGACCUGGAGGAGAUAAGCCAGCAGCAGCAACAGCACCUACCACUACUGCUCAACCAGUCGAUACUUCCAAGAAGUCCAAGAAGUCCAAGGAGUAACAAGUAAGAUCCCCUACUGAAGAUUGAUGAUCGACUGUGACUUAAUAUAUAGAAUGUUCAAGUAAUUUUGUCGAGCCAGUGUGCUGUUUUUGGUUAAAUAUUUGAACCAGUUCUUUUAGUUGGAUUAAGGUUUCAUGAUUUUUGUUUUCAGUUUACUGGUUUUGUCUUUGGAUUAUUUAUAUUAUGGCAAAAUUAUUUUGUGGUUUCGUUGAUUUC